AUGAACCAUCUCACGCAACUCGCAUACGCCCUCACGAACUUCAGCAUUCGCAGCAUCACCGACAGCGGUAGCAGCACUCUCAGCCCAGCACUGUCGCCCUCCGCAUCUCCAUCAACAGCCAUGGACCAUAAGACCUCGCAAGACCUGCUGUCGAGCGGCCGGCGUGUAACCCGGCAACAGGUCCGGCUGAUCAAGCAGUGCUUUCCGUUCUUGCGUUUGCCCGCUGAGCUGAGGGUUGUGGUCUACUCCUUCUCCAGUGACUUCGAGAAGCUGAACGAGUUUUUUGACAAGGCCUUCGCGAGGCUCAGUGCGAAACCCUCUUCACGUUCUCUGCUCUUUGCUCCACACAAGCGAACACCCAAUGUCUAUCUCAUCAACAAGCAGAUCUUUCGCGAAGCAUCCCAUUUGUUGCAGAGGCAAGGUGUUAGCUUCCACCAUGGCCUUCUUCGAUACAGCCUUUCAGAUGUCAUUUCACCUGCCAUCCUCCGCCAAGUCAGCUUCCUCGAGAUAACUGAUGUCGGCCAUCCGAUGAUCAAGGACGAGACCAUGGUCUAUAGCUGGGCGGGUUACAUGAAACUCCUAGAGCAGCUUGGAGAGCUGUUGUCGACAGGCCCGCACAAUCUCAAGAAGCUGAGUAUCAAGCUCGAUGACCGGCGUCUUGUCGAGCACAUGACUCUCUGCCACGAUACGGCCCACAAAUGCGGCUUUCGAGACCAGAUGUCAGAGGCAUUGACCGCUCUCGGCAAAGCACGCGGCAUCGACGAAGUGACGUUCCAUGGCUUGAACGUCAACGAGGCCGCGAAGCUCAAGAGAAUGCUCCAGCGCCCACUGGUCCCCUUCUUGAGCUUGCCACUGGAGCUUCGUCAGAUGAUCUACGAGCACACUGGAGACUGGUCUGACAGCUCAAUCAUACUUGGUCGCGCGGUUGCCCAGUGGACCGAUCAGGGUAUGCCUAAGAAGUUUCCCUUCCCCGGUAGGACCACGCCUACGGUCCUGUUGAUCAACAAACAGAUCAACGCCGAGGCGCUUGAAAUUCUUCAGAAGAAGCCUCUCAAUAUCGUGUAUCCCCAGGCAGAAUUCACCAAGGAGGUCCAUAUCCCCUCGAUUGUCGCCUUCCUCUCCAGCAAAUCGAUGCAGCAUGCCCAUACCAUCAGCAUUGACAUGCAGAGCUGGCAAUGGUCCGCUGAUCUCGAGCACCGUAUCAUUGGCAUCCUGGCAGCAAGCAAGAAACUCCAGCACUUGACCUUGAAAUUCCGUGACGUCCUGAAGAAAGACUUCCAGGCGUCUAACAAUCCCAGCUACCCCGAUCUGAAAGUCGCGAGCAGUCUGAAGACCCUGAGAAGCGUGCGUGGCUUGAAGACAGUCACAUUCGAGGGCGACUUGCCCGAUGUCUUCACUGCGCCACUGGUGCAAAUCAUGACCUCGCAGCCUGGUGUGAAGCUCCAGGAUCUCCCGAAGUUGAAGGCUCUCCUUCCAGACGGUGGUACCGAGGAUAUUGACGAACGCGACACACACACACCCCUCUGA